UGGAGGUAUGGAGAAGGAGGGGGUUUAUUGAAAGCUAGAGAGGAGUUUACGUAUAAAUGCCGUGAGAGACAGAUGAUUUACCUCCAGUCUGGUCGCAGGAAGGCUUGAGUAAUGAUGAUUGGCCUGAUUGUUCUCGCACUCCUGGGCGCUGCAGCUGCAGCACCUAUGGAUGACAAGAUUGUGGGUGGCUACCAGUGUACGGCCCACUCUCAGCCCUGGCAGGUGUCUAUCAAUAUCGGCUACCACUACUGCGGCGGCUCCCUCAUCAACGAACAGUGGAUCGUCUCUGCUGCCCACUGCUGGCAAAACCCUUAUACACAGCUUGCCAUUUUGGGUGACAACCACAUCUGGAUGAACGAAGGCACGGAGCAGUACAUGAACGUGGACGCCAUCUACUGGCAUCAGAGCUAUGACUACCAGACCCUGGACUACGACAUCAUGCUGUUGAAGCUGGCGCACCCCGUCACCGUGAACGAGUACGUGAAGCCGGUCGCUCUGCCCAAAGCCUGCCCUGCACCCGGGGACAUGUGCACGGUGUCCGGAUGGGGAAACAUCUACACUGACCAAGUGUUCAACCCGUUUUACCUCCAGUGUGUGGAGGUCCCCAUCCUUUCCCACAAGGACUGUGAUGGCUCCUACCCCGGCAUGAUCACUGACCGCAUGGUGUGCGCCGGAUACCUGGAGGGAGGCAAGGAUGCUUGUCAGGGUGACUCUGGUGGUCCUCUGGUGUGUAACGGCGAGCUGCAGGGUAUCGUGUCCUGGGGCCAGGGCUGCGCUCAACCCAACUACCCGGGCGUGUACACCAAAGUCUGCUCUCUUAUGCCCUGGAUCAUCGAUACUCUCUUUGCAUACUCCUAGGCUGUGAUCUCCCAUCACAGAACUACAGGAGAGGAGGAGAUUGAAAUUGAAGGAGACAGGAGGCAGCGGUGGGAAGUGUCAAAGAGAAAGGCAGCGGGAGAGAGGCUGAGAGGGAGACACAAGGAGAAAGAAAACAAGAUGCGAGAUGUGAGAUGUCAGGGCUCAAUCAAUAAAAGAUUUAACAUU